GGGUGCUGCCCCCAGCAUGGCUUGGCAAGACUGGUCAGCGAACUGGCUGUGGGUCACCGGCUCCGGGCUGCUUUUCGCCCUUGUUCUGCUCGUGAGCCCUCGCGGCUCCCGAGCGCUGCGGAGCCUUCGCCGUCUGCUCAUGGCGCGCAGCCAGCGGCUGCUCUUCCGAAUCGGGUACAGCCUGUACACCCGCACCUGGCUCGGGUACCUCUUCUACCGGCAGCAGCUGCGCAGGGCUCGGAAUCGCUACCCUAAAGGCCAUUCCAAAGCCCAGCCCCGCCUCUUCAAUGGAGUGAAGGUGCUUCCCAUCCCCGUCCUCUCAGACAACUACAGCUACCUCAUCAUUGACACCCAGGCCCGUCUUGCUGUGGCUGUGGACCCUUCAGACCCUCGGGCUGUGCAGGCUUCCAUUGAAAAGGAAGGUGUCACCUUGGUUGCCAUUCUCUGUACCCACAAGCACUGGGACCACAGUGGAGGAAACCGCGACCUCAGCCGGCGGCACCGGGACUGUCGGGUGUAUGGGAGCCCUCAAGACGGUAUCCCCUACCUCACUCAUCCCCUGUGUCAUCAAGAUGUGGUCAGCGUGGGACGGCUUCAGAUCCGGGCUCUGGCCACCCCUGGCCACACGCAAGGUCAUCUGGUCUACCUAUUGGAUGGGGAGCCUUACAAGGGUCCCUCCUGUCUCUUCUCAGGGGACCUGCUCUUCCUCUCUGGCUGUGGACGAACCUUUGAGGGCACUGCAGAGACCAUGCUAAGCUCGCUGGACACUGUGCUGGGGCUGGGGGAUGACACCUUGCUGUGGCCUGGUCAUGAGUAUGCAGAGGAGAACUUGGGGUUUGCAGGCGUGGUGGAGCCCGAGAACCUGGCCCGGGAGAGGAAGAUGCAGUGGGUACAGCGGCAGCGGAUGGAGCGCAAAAGCACGUGUCCAUCCACUCUGGGAGAGGAACGUUCCUACAACCCAUUCCUGAGGACCCACUGCCUGGCACUGCAGGAGGCUCUGGGGCCAGGCCCAGAUCCCACUGGGGAUGAUGGCUGCUCCCGGGCCCUGCUCCUGGAAGAGCUCCGCCGACUGAAGGACAUGCACAAGAGCAAGUGAUGCCCCCAGCCCAGCCCCACCCUAUGGUGGGGAGGCCACCCAUCGCCUGCACCUCACCGUCCUUCUCAUUGCUAACACUACCACUUCCAUCGGCGCCCACAGUGGGCAUCAUUCCUCCGCUGGUCACGGGGAGGGGAGGGACAAGGUGAUGAGACCUCGAGUCUGAGAGGAAAGUGCUGGUCGGAGGCUCAGAGACCCCACAGAGUGAGGCAGAGCCAUCAAGGGCAAGAGGACAGGAGGGGCCUCAGGACAUGUCCAGAGCCCACUGACUGGGAGGGUCCAGCUGGACACAAGGCUGCUAUCAGCAGUUCCCUUGGAUGCCUCAACUUCCUGGAGCCCCAGAACCCCCCAGGGCAGCAGGAGCUAUGCCCAGGCUGAGUCUGCUCUCCUCUUUCCUCAUCCAGGGUUGGGAAAGAAACUCAGCCCCUCAGAGUGGCCUAAGGUAUGGUGCCUUGGAAAAGUGGGCAUUCAAAGGGGUGACUGGACUGGUUUCCUGAUAUUCUGUUCCUCCUUCCCAUGCCUCUUAGCCCCACCCCACCCCUGCAAGGGCAUUUUUCACACAGAGCCAUUCCUAAGAACACUGAAAGGGCUGCAAGUCUGGCAGUCUGGCCAAUCUCUGCCUCAGUGGCCCCCCCUACAGCCUGGAAGAGGGAGGGUCCUGGUUCCCAAGAAAAUCUCCAUUCCAGGCUGAGGAGACACCGGAGCUAGGUCUGGAGUCCAGCAGUCUUGCAGGUUACAUGCUCUCUGUGUACAUCUGACCUGGUCCUGCCCAUAGGCUUCUGCCCCUGCCCUCAGUCAAAAAGGCCCCUCCUUCCCGGGAGAGAGAGAGAGCCAUGGUCUGAGACCAUCUGCCACGGCCACUGCAGUUUUCUCAUUUUGACCCUUGUUCUUCAGCCCUUCUGCCUGCCUUCUUCUAUAUACCUUAAUUUCUUCUGCUUAUCUUAACCUCUUUCUUCUCUGAGUUAGUUACAAGAUUUAUUUUGUAACCCUGAUACUCAUCUGGCUCUGUGCAGUUUGCUGAGAGCAUUCCCAUGUGAUUUUGCUUCUGUCCUCAGCCCCAUCCUGGCUAGGAGGAGGCUCUGCACAGCAAAGCACAGAAAUCAGCAGUGUGCCAGCAGGGAGCUCAAGCAUGUGGCUGCUCUGGGACUCCUCUGCUCACCUUCCCCCCAGCUCUGUUCUCCUUUGGUCUUGGGUCCAGGUCUCUUUGGGCCACAAUGAGGAACCCUGUGGUUCUUAAGCAGGAGUACCAUGGCUCAGCCAGGAGCCAUCUCUUCCUGUGUUGAAGCAAGCAUUCCUUUGGGCUCUGCUUGCCUCUUGUGACCCUCCAAGAUGCCCCCUACAUUUGGUUUCCCCUCCUCAGGAAGCCUCUGUCACCCUUUCCAGCCAUAGCCUCUGGUACACUCUAGCAAUACCACCAGACUAGUAGAGUUCCCCAGCCUCAAGACAUGCAGUUUCAUGCCUCUGUGCCUUCACUCAUGCUGUUUCUCCAGACUGGAAUGCCUUCCCCUGAUCCUCCUGCCUUGUCUGCCUGGCAAACACCUGUUCAUUUCUCAUGAUCCCCUCAAAGGCCCCCUCUCCAGGAAGGCAACACCCCUGCCCCUCCCUUCAAAGUGCUACCUUUGCACUUUGCAAAUGCUUCUCUUAUGGCACUAAACACACUGUAUUUUACUUGUUUACAUGUUUGUCUCCCCUUCUAGACUGUGAAUCCUUAAGGGCAUGGACUGUAUCUUAUGCAUCUCUGUACUUCUGCGCCUAGCACGGUGCCUGGCACACAGUAGGCGCUCAAUAAAUGUUGA